AUAUAUAUAUAUAUAUAUACACACACACACACAGUUUUGAACAAUUUUUAAACGUUUUAGCGAUAAUCUUUGGAUUUGUAUACGUAUAUUUAUAAUGCAUACUUCGGAAAUAGGCGUUCAGGCUGGUUAUGUUCGUGCCGGAAACAGUUUAGCAGGAACAACUCUAAACUCGCUAAUGGCCGAUGGUUACAGUGUCACUUGUGGAAUAGAGAUCGAGAACAGGACAAAUUGUUCUCUAACAAUGCCUCGGGCUUAUAUAAAUGGCGGGGUUUUAUCAAUUCCACCUAUUACUAUAUUUCCUGAGACGAGGGAAGCAAUGAUAGCUCGUAAAAUUGGCUAUACUGCUACAGGUUCAUACGGGACAGUUUCAUGGCUUAUAGAAUCCACAGAUGACCGUGAACGACGUCGCCUUAUUGUUAUGUGGUGUGCACCAUUUGACCAUAAUUUGUACAACAACACCCUUGCUGUAGGUAUCACAAAACCAGGAUACAUAGAACAUCCGAUAGGAAAAAAAUGCUUCGCAAGUAUGUAUGAUAAUAGCCAUAUUAAUGAGCUGAUAAAGUACGGCAAAAAAGAAUUUCACCGCGACAUUUCACCAAUCAUCUACGAGGACUCUGAUUAUCAGGUAGUCGCCACGAUGGGAUCCAGUCACAAAGCUCAAGUCAAGAUUCUUUUUACACAAAAAUGACUGUUUUCCUUUUGAACAUAUUGUUAUUUGUGGUACAAGACUCGAACAAUUUAAAAGAAAAUAAACGUUAAUGUUAUUUGUUGAUUUUCCGAAAGAACCUUGGUUGUAUAUAGGAAUGUCUUAUGUUUGAAAUCAUUUAAACUUUUUGUAUAAGAGUUAUUUUACCUUCGUACCAAAAAAGUAAACUCUUAUAUAAAUCCUGGUUUUUCUGAAUGUUCAAAUACACUGUAGGAUUAUGUCAAAAGAGGUAAUUUAUCUUUGUCUUAAAAUAUGUAGAAAAUUAUUGGUUGAUUCUCCAUGUAGGAAAUAUGUAUAUAGCUGCUUAUAUUUAUAAUAAAGACGAUUUUAUAUUGGACCAGAAAAAGAUACAUCUAUAUUCAUGAUCCCUGAAUGUUAUGUGACUAUAGUAUAUUAUUUGUACAUUGUCUUGAAGUCUGAAAUAAAAUAUCUGCAUAGUUCUUUUCAUGUAAAGUACAUGUAAUAAAACUGUCUUCUUCUCUAUUCUUAUCAAAGUG